CUCUGAGACCUUGAAGUAGUAGUUCCCCUUGCUCUGCAAGAGCCGCGGCUUUUGUGGUGCGAUGGGUAACGAUGCUUUGAGGGUGACUGUUGUCGUUGUGUGCAGAAGGUCCCUGGUUCGCGCCCGGGUAUGGGCGAGGGGACGGUUUAAAAGUAUACUGUUACAGCAGCAAUGACCUCCCAGCAAAUCUCUCUAGCAAAAUCUCUGCAAUGACCUCCCAGCAAAUCUCUCUAGCAAAAUCUCUGCAAUGACCUCCCAGAAAAUCUCGCUCUCCUGAACAGAACACUGGCUUUUAUAUAGCUUCAGAAUGAAUGUGUAACUGGAGACAGCUGCGUCUUGACGAGGGGGCGGGGUCAGCUCUCCAAUUAGCCAUGGAGUCGACCAAUCAGCUGCUUGAGGGAUUUCAGGAAGCCAUUUCCUGAAAUAAACACAUGCAAAACACAUGCAAAUCCACAAACUACAACACAUAAACUUGGGAACGUAACACUUGGCAUCGGGUACAACGUAGAAGCCAGGUAUCGAAUCCCAAAUGUUUUGUAAACCCUUUAGUUUUCAUCUCUGCAUCCCCUCCCUUGUUUUGAGUGUUCUCCAGAGUAGAUGAGUCACCUCUGAACCCCCACAAUGCAUCCCUGGUGCACUAUAUGGGGAAUAGGAUGUCAUCUGUGUGUCUCCUCACAGGUCAGUGGGCGGAAUCUGAGUCACCUGACUAAACGGGAUCUUUCUCACCUGAGCAAACGGGAUGCUCUUAGAAUCCUGGCUGCCUAUGAGCACCCAAUCACGCUGCAGAUCAAGGGCCGGCGUGGGAGGGGUUAUGGCUUACAGGACUGCAGCACACAGACGGAGAGACACUGGGAGCCCCUCCCCCUGGCCCCCCACCUGGCCCUACACAGUCUGGGGGUCACAGCAGCCGAGACCAUGUCCAGGGUCAACCCGGACGGACACUACUGCAGCCACAUGAGUCUGCCUCGUGAUCACCGUGACAACGGGAGAUAUGAGUACCUGCCCAACGCUCCACAAGACAUAGAGGACAUGGAUCCACUGGGCUACCAGGACCCAGAGCUGGACCAUGGUGUUCCAAGGGAUCAGAGCUGUUUGACUGGCUGCUGCAACACCAACCUUGAGGAGCCCAGCAGUUUCCACAGCCAGACUGAGGAUGAGGACUAUAUGUUGGAGAAACCUCUGGGCUACCUACCUCUCCACCAUGAGCUGGACAGCGGCCUGGGCUGGACCGACGGUAGCCUUCACCAGGGAGACCUCUCUGGCCUGGAGACUGAGGAGGGGGGUCUGGAGGAGUGUCACCCCAGGGGAGGAGGCUCCGGUGGGGGCCUGCUGGUCAGUGGAGGAGGGGGUGGAGGUGGUGGGUCUCCGUCCUCUGAAUCCUUCAUCUCGUCUGAGCUGAGUGACUCUGGCUUCUAUAGCGUGAGCACCGGAGAGUUCCGCCGUUUCCAGAGGCUGUUAGAGAAACGCAUGCACCUGUACAAUGCUCGUCUGCACCACCAAGGGGAGGUGUGUGCACGGGAGCGCCGCGACAGCUGGCAGAAGAACCACAGAGAGCUGCUGGAGGCCAUCCCUGAGGCACUGACCAUGCAGCCCCAGCACUGCCUCACGCCUGGCCUGACUGCACCAUGCAUGGGCCCUCCACCCCGAGGACUCUUCAGGGUGUCGUCUGUCCAGUUCCGGAAAGCGGAUCGUCCCUGUCUGGGCAAACACAGCUCCAGCAGUGGCUCCCUCUUCAACCCCCAGCACACCCCUGGCCCCCUCUCUGUCCACGCCCAUGUCCUCUCCACCUGCAGUACCCCCUCCGGUCACCACAGGCUUCUGUUGCAGCACCAGGGCUCCAGCUCAGAGGGUCAGCUGAGGAGAAGCAGGACCCUGCACCACCGGGCUCCACCCCAGGAGCGUGUCAGACGGGCCAGUCACCCGUCCUCCCCCUCUUACGCCACCCUGCAGCACUGUGGAGUAGCUUCACUUAGAGGCCUGGAGCUGGGCCUGCCUGAAGAGGGAGAACCAGAACUAGUGCUCAGACACCCAGCAGGACUUGCCCCCUCACCUCUGCACCAUGCAACCUCUCCGGAGGAACACAGAGGGGCCAUGCCCUUACCCAGGGGACAUUACUGGGACAAUAGUGGAGGCCGUGACCAGCUGGUUAAUGACAGGAGGCAGCAGGAGAGGAGCUUCAUGACAGACCUACCAGUGUGGGAGAGGGAGCAAGAAAGAGAAAGAGAGCAAGAAAGAGAGCGGGAAAGAGAACAAGAGAAAGAAAGAGAGCGGGAAAGAGAAAAACAAAGAGAGAGAGGAAGAGAGGUGCACCGCUUCCACACCCUUAGCCACCCUCCCCAGACAUCCAUGGACAUCCAUGAGACAUGGCCUAAACCAGCCAACCGUCUGUCCCGCCAGGGGUCCGGGGGUGGUGGGGGCCUCUACAGCACCUUGGAGAGCCACACUGGGUUCGGAUCUGGGGUCAUUGGAGUGUCCAGGAUGGGCUCCAAUCCUAACCACAACCUUGAUACGACCCCUAACACCAACCCCAACCUUCCUAACCCUAACGCAAGGGCUGUGAGGAACCAGAUUCUCCGUGACCGGGCAUCGCGGUUAGCGGACGAGCGCAGCGGGAUGAGUACAGAUGAGGAGAGCCAGGAGGUGAUGAGGGGGAGGUACUGGAGCCGCACUGAGAGACGGGAGCACCUCCUACUGGCCCGCGAGCAGAAACAGCAGCAACAACAACAACAGCAGGCCAGAGGGCAGCAGGCUUACACCAGGCCAGGAGCCAAUGGAGGAUCAGGAUCUAUGAGAGAUACAGGGGUCAACACAAGAGGAGGAGCUAUGGGUGGACAGGGGGGAGGAGUUAUCCGAGAAGGAGAGGCUAUGUCUGGAGGGGGAGGGUCUUUGGGAGACGGCCGGUGCAGCACGGUGCUGGAGCUCAGCCAAAAGAAGUUGAGUCGUCUGAGGAACAGGAAGCUGUUAGAUGAUUGGACGACGGUGGAGGAGCUGCUUACUCAUGGGACGAGGCUGGGCGCCGGGGAGGAGGUGUCCCUCUGUCCCAGCUCACUACUGACUGUGACUACAGUAUAGAGUGUGUCUCUGCGUGUAUGUCUGUGUGUUUUUCCACCAUAAAGCACCAUGGACAAUACAUUUGUUUGAGGGUAAGUGUAUGCGUGUGAGUAUAUAAGUGUGUGUCACCAAUGUACAGCACCUCUGACAAAGUGUUUGUAUGUGUCAGACCUUCUUACUGACUACUGCAACGCACUGCAAGUGUGUAUCUAUUACAAUCUGUGUGUGUGUGAGAGAGGAUCGGUCUGUGUGUGUGUGUCUGCACCAUGUAUGGCUACCUCAUGCUCAUGGGGUUUGUGAAUCAAUUUGAAACACAAUAUAAUAUCAUGUCAUUUUGUUGAUUUUAUCUUUGGGUAUCUUUUGAGUACAAAAAUGCUGCCUGGUGACAUUGAUGAAACUCUUACAUUUGGACUUUUAUGCCUCAACUAAAGUUGUGAUUGAGAUUUCUAAAAGCAAUACUGCAUUGUAAGAGAAUCCACCAGAAAACAGCAGCUUACUGGAGAGGAGAUGCCACAACAAAGCUAGUGGAGAACUGUGGAUUGAUAACCACCCUACACAAUCAAUGUGUUUUAGUAACAGAGAUCCCAUUGACAGUCUGAAAGGGGAAUGGUGCUGCAGUAGAAGAUUUUGCUACCGGAUGUGAUCGUGCUAAAACUACCUGGUACCCUUGAUUGCACAACAACUAACACAAUCCAUCCUAUCAUUGGAAUGAUGUUUACAUUGCCUGUCUAUUGAGGCAUUCAUUCUGUAUUCUGAAGUGGUUGUUCCAGAGAUAGGUACUGCAGAGUAGAUGGUGUAGGCUAAGCUGGCCAGGGGUUAGUGGUUUGUUGCUGGAGGUCAGGGCUGUUGUUGUUUAGUACAUAUUCAUUAUGGAACAUACGGAACAACGCUAGGGUACAACGCUCGGGUUCAACACUGGUGGUGUGGUGUCACGCUCUAAUGUCUGUCACAUUUUGUUUCUAACUUAAUUGAUCAAUAGACAGGGGUCAGAUGUCAAAUAGGCUUAUGACAGGGUUAUACAGGAUUAUGUCAGGGUUAUGUACGCUUAUGUCAGGGUUAUGCAGGCUUAUGUCAGGGCUAUGCAGCAAAUGUUAACUAAAGCCACUGUGGUAGGCACUACUCAUACUAUCAUUGAUAACUGAAAUGAAAGGUGUGAUCAGAGGUGGGAUUUGCUUUUUGCGUAGCGUUAUCAGCACUCAUCAUUACGGAGGCUACAGGAUCACACACCUUAAUGCACUGUGUGUGUUUCUCACACACUCACUCAGUGUGCAUGUGAUUCUUACACACACAGCAAGUAGGACUCACACCUGUCUGGUGUGGAGCUGAGAGAGGCAGAAGAAAGAAGAAAGAAAGGAGCAACAGAGAUAUAUAGAUAUAUAUAUAUACAGUUGAAGUUGGAAAUUUACAUACAAAUAGGUAAGAGUCAUUAAAACUUAUUUUUCAACCACUUCACAAAUUUCUUGUUAACAUACUAUAGUUUUGGCAAAUCGCUUAGGACAUCUACUUUGUGCACGAUACAAGUAAUUUUUCCAACAAUUGUUUACAGAUUAUUUCACUUAUAAUUCACUGUAUCAGAAUUCCAGUGGGUCAGAAGUUUACAUACACUAAGUGCUUUUAAACAGCUUUGGAAAAUUCCAGAAAAUUAUGUCAUGGCUUUAGAUGCUUCUGAUAGGCUAAUUGACAUCAUUUGAGUCAAUUGGAGGUGUACCUGUGGAUGUAUUUCAAGGCCUACCUUCAAACUCAGUGCAUCUUUGCUUGACAUCAUGGAAAAGUGGCCAUCACAAAGCCCUGACCUCAAUCCUAUAGAAAAUGUGUGGGCAGAACUGAAAAGGCGUGUGCGAGCAAGGAGGCCCACAAACCUGACUCAGGAAUGGGCCAAAAUGCACCCAACUUAUUGUGAGAAUCUUGUGGAAGGCUACCUGAAACGUUUGACCCAAGUUAAACAAUUUAAAGGCAAUGCUCCCAAAUACUAAUUGAGUGUAUGUAAACUUCUGACCCACUGGGAAUGUGAUGAAAGAAAUAAAGGCAGAAAUAAAUCAUUCUCUCUACUAUUAUUCUGACAUUUCACAUUCUUAAAUAAAGUGGUGAUCCUAACUGACAGGGAAUUUUUACUAGGAUUAAAUGUCAGGUAUUCUGAAAAACUGAGUUUAAAAUGUAUUUGGCUAAGGUUUAUGUAAACUUACGACUUCAACUGUAUAUAUAUAUAUAUAUAUAUAUAGAAGGAUAAAUAAAAAGAUAGAAAAUGUUGGAUUGCUCGCUCUCUCCUCAAGGUGUUCCACGUCACACUCGGCAUGACUCAAACUCCCUGAAUAAUGGAUGAGAAGAUAGGAUUUAUUCCCUUCAUCCCCCUCCUCCCUCUAUAUGUGAGGAUUAUCAAGGCUGAAAAUAGCCCUCCUUUCCUAGAAGUAAAAGCACACAGGAGAGACACUUGUGUUUUAAAGCUCUGCACACCUCAGAGUUUUCUCUACCCCCACUGUACUGUUUACCCCCCGGACUGUUUCCCCCCCGGACUGUUUCCCCACCGGACUGUUUCCCCCCGUACUGUUUCCCCACCGUACUGUUUCCCCUCGGACUGUUUCCCCUCCGGACUGUUUCCCCUCGGACUGU